AUGUCGGCGCCACCGGCCGUACAGAUCCGCGAGGCCAAUGCGCACCUGGCGGCGUUGCACGGGCGCGUGGCGGAGCUGGAGCGGCGGCUGGGCGCGGCCGAGCGCACGGGUGGGCUGCGGGCGCCGGCCGGCCGAGCCUGGGAACGUGCAAGACCCGCGCCGUCCUGGGCCGACAGACCGACGUCCCUCGGCUGGGCCGGUCAGUGGGGCAGCCCCGCUGUGAGACCAGCCUGGAGGCCCAGAGUUAAGAAGGACGGCAGGGAAAUGCGAACUGGCCCUAACAACCGCUUCGCAGCCUUCGCUGGCGCAGUUCCGGCUUUGUGCGCGGGGCCACGGUCUUUCUGCGAGCCCCACUUCCCGGGGGGAAUAGGAAUUGAGCCGAGAGAAAUUACUGCUCUGCAGCAGAAGCUGCUCUCAUCUGAGGAGACAGUUCAGAAGCUGUUGAAUGUCAUCCAGAAAAAAGAUGACUUAAUUGUACAGCUGAAGCACAGGAGUCAUCUUCUGACUAAAAUCUGCAGAAACCGACCCAUCCUGGACAGUCUUCUGUCUUACAUGGCAGAAGGGGAACAGUUAAGUACCUUUCCAGGGACCCAAAGUGAUUCCAGUUCUCCAGUUCAUGAUGAGUUCCAGGAGUCAAACUGCAUCACCAACCAGAUAUCAAAGAACAAAGACUUCUCUCUCAGUGAAGAUGACCUGGAAGAUCAGGAAUUGGAUACGAGCCAGUUUGGGACGACAGUGUGAACUGAGUGUGGAACAUGACCUGUAUUACAAAUACUCCAGUUCUGAUUUUCAAGAUUUUUAAUCUUGUCCUGAAAGAACCAGGUUCAGAUGGGAGUCUGUCCCCCACCUCCUCAGUUCUUGCAAGUAGCCUUUUCUAUACCUCCUUCAUUGAGGACUCAGGAAAGUGGCUACUUGACUGGAUACUAACCCUUGUUGAAAUGGGCACUUAUGGGUUUUCCACUGUUCCUUUAUCAUGGGGAUCUUUUAAUUCAUCCUGUCCUUCAGUAUUUACUUUCCUCUGUGACACAAAACACUUCAUGUUAAGGAUACUUAAGUCAAAUGCAUCUCCAUCGACUUUCAGCUUCUGUUGGCCUAAGUGCUGCUCCUCAUCCAGGUCUGCUGUAUAUCAGAGCCAUAGACAGUGUUUGAUUAGAGCAGGAUCUUUGUUGGAAAGUUUGGCUGCAUUGGUUUUAGUUAUAUGUUGAAUUCCUAACCUGAUGUUUUGUUUUUGAGAUUAGAUUUGUUAGUUAAGAUAAAUCCAAAUCUUUUCUUUUGCUCUGUUGAGUUAGCACAGAAAGAAGGAAACUAGUGUAUGGAUUUGAGGCAGAUUCACAAUGUAAAUGGAGGGAAUCCAUUUUCUGAAAUUCACCUUCUUUCCAGAUUGUCUUGUCUGUUUUAAAAUUAGAAUGGAAGAAUUAAUGGGAAAAUAACGCAUUCAUUAGUAAGAGGAUUAGUCACUACAGUUGGUGGUGGGAUUUUAAGGAAUAUUAUGCAUAAAGUUAAGUUUCUGGGUAGAAGGGUUGGUUUCUGACUUGAUCACUCUGACUUCCAUUUAAAACUUGGUAGAAAAAUUAAUCUAUUUUAAACUUUUUAAAAUUCUGCCUCUUAUGGUUUUAAGAUUGGCACCAGUCACUGCAUGGAAACUUUGCUGCUGCACAAAGUGGCCAGCUGUAACCUCUCUGCCUUUGUCUGGAACAUGUAGAUUUUCUCUGUGGCCUAACCAGAUUUCUUUUCCAAAUUCAUCUUGUUUAAACUCUCUGACUGAUAGCAGCUCUAUAUGCAAUUCCCUGUAGCUGGCUAAGUACUUUACUUUCUUAUUUAUCAUAAAGACUUGCUUUUAUAUGGGAUGUUCCUUGUUCAGAAUUCUUCAGACGGAAACAAAAUGUGAGAAUGGGUCUUUGACUUCAAAUAGGAGUAAAGGAAAAUCUCUUAAAAUUCCUUUUUGAGAAACUGUUAUAAACAUAUGCAACAUAUUAUACCACCAGAGUGAAUUUCCUGUAUUUUUAUCAAUCUAAAACCCUUGACUACUUUUGGUUACUAAAGAUUCCUUUGCAUUUUUUGCAGAACAGGGUUUUGGCAAUUAUGUUCUUGCCAAAUACUAACUCAGGUAAAUACAUUCUGCCUCCAUACAAUCUCUGCCAUUUACAUUAAAUAAAUAAUUCUUAACUUCUUCA